UAUUCUUGGAUAUUCUCUCUCUAGAUUUCAUCUAGGAUUUUUUUUCUGGCGUUAAGAGUUACCGUCUUUCUUUUUGGGUCUCUCUCAAGCUUUCGAAUUGUCAAACCAUGGCUUGGAUCAGCAACACAGACCCUCUCAUUCUAUAGGGCUCCAGUUUUCUCUCUCUAGGUUCAAAUUGUCAAAUUUGUCAAAGUUUGUGUUGUGUAUCACCUAGUAUUAGGUUAUUUCCUUUUAAGCAUUAGAGCGUUUCUUUUUUCUUUUUUUUGGAUUUUUCUCUCUAGCUUUCGAAUUGUCAAACAAGGGGUUCCUAAUAUCAUUUUGAGCUCUCACUCCAUGAGCUUUCUCUGGUUUAAUGUGAGAAACCUUGUAUGUACCACUAAUGAUUAAAGAGUAUGAAGAAAUAUCCGUGUUAUGAUAUUUACGAUUGAGGUUUUGAGUGUUGGUACAUAAAUAUGUGGUGUUUGAUUUCUUCCUCUUAGCAAUCAUGCUACCAAAAGAAAUGAUUUAGUAUUUUUAGGGCUUAGGAAAUUUUAUUUAUUUAUUAUGUCACAGUUAGCUCUUUUACUGUGUGGUUUUACUUUUUCAAGGUUCUUCAUGUUUUAACCACCAAGAAAAAGAGAAUUUUAGUUUUCACUACCUAGGUAUAAACUUUAAAAAAAAAAAAGAAAAAAAAAAAGAAAGAAAAAAGGAAAGUUCAUGAAGGUCUAUGAUUACUGACAAAUGUUUAAACUGUCAACAUUGGAGGCUUUUCUUUUAGGAUUUUAUAGUGUCAAAAUAUUUACGGGAUGUAACUUUUAAUGGGUAUUUUUCCCCUUUUUCUCCAACUUGAACCUCCCUUUUUCUAUUGAAGACAUCUGCUCUCUGAUUAUGAAAGUCUUUUUCCUUUCUCAAUCCAAACCCUAAUUUCAUUAAAUUUUUGUUUCUCACUUCACCCUAAUUUCAUUAAAUUUUUGUUUCUCACUUCACCCUAUUUUUGUGAGGCUCCUGCUCCUGUGUCCAUUAAAUAUGCCUGCUUUUAGAAUCAGAGUUUUCUCCAAACUUAGAACAAGAUAUAUAUUUUUUUUCUUUUAACCCAUUGCUCUCUAGAAGCCCCUAUUUUGUUAUAGAGAGUAUCCGUUCUCUCAUUUCUUAUAGGAUUUUUUAGUGCUCUCUGGUGUACCUUCUUCAGUUCUUUGGCCUUUUCUGGCUCCUUUUUUAGGGUUAGGUGGUCCAUUUCUUAUCGCUGGUCUGACACUUCUGCCUCCAUGGAAAAUGGUUAUUUACUAUCCAAUUUGUGCUGUUUAUACAUGCAAAUAUCGAGCUAUCCAAUUAACCACUUUCUAUUGAUUCCCCCUGAAUUUGUAAUCUUCAGUGCUUAAACAGAUCCAAUACCUUGUCUAGGUCAUAUUUCUGAGAAAUCUGAGGUUUUUCAUCAUCAACCCAUAUCUUCUUUCCUCCCACUUUGAUCUUAUAGAGACUCCCCUUCUUUUCUUCUCUAGUCUUUUCUUAGUUCUCUUAGUUCUGAUAAUUUGACAAGAUUUGGGUCCGUGGGUUAUUGGACAGAGGUCAUAUCUGCAUUUGGGGUGUAUUUGUUCUGGUAUCGGAUUUUGUGAGGCCUAUGCUUUUGGUGAAUUUGGGAAUUCCUUAAGUGAAUUUGUGUCUUGGCAUUUGGGGCCUAUUUGUUCUGAUAUAAGAUUUUAUUGGACGAAUCCUUGCUUGGUGUUGGGUUUUCUUUCGUGGGUUAUGCUUGUUUGCUCGUGCUAGAUCUAGAUGACAAUAGAUACUGUGGAGAGUGCUGCAUCUGAUAAAAAAAAUAGCUCAGUGUGGACUAGGGAGCAAGAGAAGGCCUUUGAGAAUGCACUGGCCAUUCAUUCUGAGGAGUCUGCUGAUAGGUGGGAGAAGAUUGCAGCUGAAGUGAAUGGAAAGACUGUGGCUGAUAUUAAACGCCAUUACGAACUCUUGGUGGAAGAUGUGAAUUGUAUCGAGUCAGGAAGGGUGCCCCUUCCUUCUUAUUCUUCUUUGGAUGGCUCUACAGAUUUGGCGGGAGAAACAGGGGUAGGAAAGAAGGGAGCACAGUAUGCUUCCCAUCUUCAAAGUUCAGAUUCGAGCCCAAGUGCAAAGGGUAGUUCGAGGUCUGAUCAAGAGCGGCGCAAGGGAAUUGCAUGGACAGAGGAAGAGCACAGGUUGUUCCUGCUGGGGCUUGAGAAAUAUGGCAAGGGUGACUGGCGGAGCAUCUCAAGAAAUUUUGUCAUCUCCCGAACCCCAACUCAGGUAGCAAGCCAUGCUCAAAAGUACUUCAUUCGCCUCAACUCUAUGAACAAAGACCGGAGGAGAUCAAGCAUCCAUGACAUAACCAGCGUAGGCAAUGGCGAUGUGUCUUCUCCUCAAGGCCCCAUCACAGGCCAAACCACCCCAACAACCCUUGCAGGUGGGGUGCCUGGAAAGCCCAUAAAGCAACCUUCUCACCCUGCGACUGUACCUGGUAUGGGUGUUUAUGGCACGCCAAUAGGGCAACCAAUAGGUGGGCCUCUUGUAUCUGCUGUGGGAACCCCAGUGAACCUACCUGCACCAGCUCAUAUGGCCUAUGGGGUUAGGGCGCCAGUGCCAGGAUCCAUUGUACCAGGUGCCCCUAUGAACCUUCAGCCGAUGGCUUACCCUAUGCCCCAAAGGUGAGAUCAAGCGCAUGCCCUCCUCUCGACAUGUAAAAAGGAGAGGGAGAGAGAGUGGUCACUUUGGAUGGAGAUUUGGAGUAUUUUUGCACAAAAUAAGGUACACAUUUUUCAAAUGAUGCAAAGGCUGCCUUCUAGAGUGGUGUUAAUGCUUAUUUAUGUUGGGGGGUGACGCCACUGGAGGAUGAAGAUGAGAGUUUAGGCAUUCUCAAAUGAGCUUUAUGCUGCUGAUAUAUUAUGGUGGAUCGAAGAUAAAAUGAGAAAGUUCUGGUGUUUUUGUGGUCUUGUCAAGGAGAGAGCUUUCCAACUUUUUUUUUUUUUUGUAUAUGCGAGUUAUAAAGAAAGGGUUGGGUUAUGUGCUCCAUAUUUAGGUAUUUCUGUUCCAAUUUUCCUUUUUCUUUCUAGCUUUUUAAGUCUGUAUCCAUUGUUGUAAGGCUAGAUGUGUUGUGGCCCUAAGGCCCUUGAUAGAGGACAGCUAUUGAAGCCAACAUAUCUCAUUGGGACCCCUAUGUAGUACUUUGCAUAUGAGAUUCUUGUUAUCUUGCUA